AUGAAGAGCUUUGUAGCCUUUGCUUGUAUUCUCGGACUCGCUUUCUGCGCAGUCGCUGUUGAUCUCGAUGCCGAUGGUGUCGCUGAUGUUAUUGUGCCAAAUGCCGCUGUCACUACUUUCGUUGAGCCAGCCAUCACUGUUGCCGAACCAUGGGCAGUCAGAGAAGGAUGGAGAGGUGCUUACGACUGGAACAGAGAUGGCAUCAUUGAUUGGAGAGACGACUUCGUCGUUGGUGGUGUUAAACCAUGGGAAGGAGAAUGGAUCAGAGCUGACUGGAACAGAGAUGGUGUCAUCGACUGGCAAGAUGGAUGGAGAAGAUUUGGAAACGAAUGGGCCACCGGUUCUUGGGAUCCUACAUGGAGAGGAGAAGGAUGGAGACCAGAAACUGUCUCAGUUAGAGAAGUCCCAGCUGGAGUCUACCAAGACACUGAAUGGAGAACUGUUGAAGGACCAUGGGACACCUACGGAUGGGGAGGUGCCUUGAUUGGUGACUGGAACAGAGAUGGAAUCAUUGAUUUCAGAGAUAAUUUCGCAUGGAGAAAUGGAUUCGGAGGAGCAAUUGUCGAAGCCCCAGUUGCUGCACCAAGAGUUGUCGAAGCUCCUUUUGUCGGAGGCUCUAGAUUUGUAGAAGCUCCAUUUGCAGGACCAAGAGUUGUUGAAGCUCCUUUUGUCGGAGGUACAAGAGUAUUCUAA